GCGCCCCCGCGUCCACCUUAACCAGAACAGCUCCUGCUGCUCUCCAGAGGAGUAUGUGCGUUAAGGCGAGGUCUUUUCUUGUAACGCUGUUCAUGUAGCAAGUUAAGAAGGAUAUUGGCUUUUUUUUAACUUGCAUAUACAAAUGGAUUCCGGUGCAGAGAGAGCGGACCCUGGGGACAGCGAACAGGACGAAGAAGAGGAUGUAUACGAAGUGGAAAGGAUUAUUGACAUGCGAGUGGAAGAUGGAGAGGUGCUAUACCGUGUGCGUUGGAAGAACUAUUCAUCAGAUGAUGAUACAUGGGAGCCCAAAGCUCACCUGGAGGACUGUAGUGAGGUGCUGCUGGCCUACGAGAGGUCUCUGGCUGAGAAAAAACUUAAGAAAGACUCCAGCAUGAAGCUGCCUAUGAAGAGCGAACUAUUUGAUGCAAACUCUGAGAGUGAAAGUGAUAAAGAUAGACCAAAAGAGUCCCCAAGUAAGAAAAAGAAAAAAAAGAAGAAACAUGCAGAGGACUCUGAGGAUGAGAAGUCCGAGAAGGACAAGAAGAAAAAGAAAAAGAAGGAGAAAUGGAAGGAGGACAAACCAUUGCCUGCUCCCGAGUCUGAUGAAGAGGAGGAAAAAGUUCCUACACCCCCACCUUCUAAGAAAGAGAAGGCCACAGAGCCCAAGAAGCGAACUAUUGAAAAGGAAGAGGAUGAUAACGAUGAUGCGCCUGCAAAGAAACAUAAAAAAGAAAUCAAAGUUAAAGAUGGAGCGAAGCAAAAAAAAGAAAUUGUUGAUGAAAAGAAGAAGAAAAAGUCUAAGUCAAAAAAAGAGAUCGAGUCCUCAGAUGAUGAGACAGACAAGAGCGAUGCACCAUCAGAAUUAUACACCGAUGACACUUCUUCAACAGGCAACCUUAGUGUCACAGCAAAACCUACAACAACUCCCAAAACCACAGAGAAGUCCUCUCGGAGUGAAAGUGGGAGUGACCUUUCCAAGGCAAAACAGAAGAACAAAAAAACUGAACUGAAGCUGCAAGGUUUUAGAGAAUUGAUUCAGGACAAGAACCCCAAAAAGACAGACAAUUCAGCUCUGCUACUUAAAGAGAGUGGCCUAAACAAGUUGAAGAGCCUGACUAGCAGUAAGAGCAGCACCAAGUCAUCUCGCAGUGAGGAUGAGCCUGACUCCAGUGACACCGGGGCUGCAGCAAAAGCAAAAAACAAGCCUAAAGGUCCAGACUCAAACGCUGCUCCUCAAAAGGAUUCGUCUGUAUCUUCCUCCUCUUCCUCCUCUACAGUUUUAGCUGUUCCCAGCAAGCCGAGAGAGGAGGAGAUGAAGGAGCAAAAGGAAGAAACUGGAGAGAAGGGUGCUGCACCAAAUAAUCUCUUUGAGAAGUUUUUGCUCAACUGUGAGGCCAAGGAUCGUGUGCCUAGGAAACAGGCAGCUCACACAACACCAAAGAAUUCAGUGAAGCCUGACAAAAAAGUGAGAAAGGAGUCUCCAGUGCAGAAGCCUGAGUUUGACAAGGCAAAGGAGGGCACUAUUGCUAUGGAGACCGAUGAAAGACAAGAAAAGAGCACACAGGAGACAGAAAAGAGUGACCGGUCAAAUGAACCAGUGGCCAAGAUGAAGGAGGAUGUUCAGCGUGAGCAGAAAGAAGAAGAGCAGCGAAGAAGGAAAGAGAGGCUUGAGGAGGAGGAGGAGAAAAAGAGAAAAGAGAAGCUUGAGGAGUCUCAGAGAGAGCGGAAGGGUAGGAUGGAAGAGGCGCAAAAAGAAAGACAGAGACUGGAUGAGGAGGCCCGAUUAAAUUGGCUGGACAGGAAGUCUGUAAUGGAAGCUAUGGCAUCUUCUGAGUCGACCGAAGACUCAAGAUGGAAGGAGAGGAGAAGGAAGAGGCGGGAGGACAGCGAGUCUCGCCUCCUUAUCUCCUGCGAUGACAAUCAGGACUCUCAGGACCCCCUGGAACGCUCUGACAAAACGCCUGACAGGGGCCCGCCUUCGCUCAAUCUUGGAGUUGAGCUGAAGCUAGACUGGAUGACACUGGAAGAUUUUCAAAAACACUUGAAUGGAGAGGAUGAGAAUCUCUCGCCCCUAGCCUUAACUCCCACUGAGUUGCGGGAUGCCAUAAAAAAUGGGAAUUAUAUGGCAGUGAAACGUGCACUCAGUUCCAAAGAGGACUAUAAUCUAGACCACGAGGAUUCUAGUGGUAUGUCUCUGUCCAUGCUGGCUGCCGCAGGUGGACAGGAUGAUAUCCUCCGGCUGCUGAUAAAGAAAGGAGUGAAGGUUAAUGGGCGGCAGAAGAACGGCACCACAGCCCUUAUGCAUGCUGCUGAGAAGAAUUUCCUCACCACUGUGGCCAUUCUUCUUGAGGCAGGAUCUUGCUUAAAUGCUCAGACACUGGGUGGGGAGACAGCUCUUAUGAAGGCAUGUCGGAGAGGAAAUGCAGAUGUAGUGCGCCUCCUACUGGAGUAUGGAGCUGACUGCAACAUCCUCUCCAAGCACAAAACAACAGCCUUGCACUCUGCCAAACUCGGCAACAACAUGAUGGUGUAUGACCUCAUCAAAGACCACAUCCAGACGUUGUCGACAGUGGCAGAGGAGACAAUCAGAGCAUAUUUUGAGACACGUCUGGCUCUGCUUGAGCCAGUGUUUCCUCUGGCCUGCCAUCGCCUAUGUGAGGGACCAGACUUCUCACUGGAAUUCAGUUACAAACCCCCACAGCACGCACCUGGAGAAGGAUCUGGUAUCCUUCUCUUCAUUUUCCAUGCUAACUUCAUGACUGAGAUCACAGCCAGGCUCUGUGGGCCGUGUAGCGUACAUGCCGUCAUCCUUAAUGACAAGUUCCAGCUGCCCAUCUUCCUUGAUAGCCACUUUAUUUAUUCCUUCAGCCCUGUUCAAGGAGCCAACAAACUCUUUAUUCGCCUAGCCGAGUCACCCACAGCUAAGGUUAAACUUCUCAUUGGUGCAUAUAGAGUCCAGCUACAGUGAUGCCUAGACUCUCCUUCAAGGUCAAGUUCAGCAGAAAAUCUUGCUCAGAGCCAGAGUAAUUCCCAAACCUAUCCUUCCUAAACCGUGUGUCACUAGACAUGCCAAGAAGAAGAAGGAGAUGGUUCAUGUUCAGUUAAAUGGCUUGGAAAUGAAGGCCCGAAUACACUAGCCAGUCUUUCAUAGCAGACAUUGGAGUGUGACUCCAGGAUACACAUUCAUCAAAGUGUCAGAAGUGUUUUAUGAGUUUUACAGGAUUUCUGUUGUUGCGUUUUUGUUUUUUUGUUUUUUUUAUAAGUUUGUACUUGCAUACAUGGUCAAAACAAGUGUGUGAGGGAUUAGACAUUUUGUAAAGGCUCAUUUGUAAAUCUUGUUUGUAAAGGUUUUUCUUGUUUUAAAUACAAUAAUUUAUCACUCCACAUUUACCCAUAGUACUUUUAUGUUAUUGUCUUUUCACCAUGGACUUGCCUGUGUGUGUGUAUGUGUAAAAGAGAGUUAGUGUGUGAAAUGGAGAGCAGCUGUCCGUUGUUCUGGCUUACUAGGUUUUGUUUUUGUGGGACCAAGAUGAGACUGGACCUUUUAAACACCUUUUUAAAGUUCCCUGCCCAUUGCUUUCCCAUUCAUCUGUUUUACACUUUAGUCAGAUCUCUGGGGCAAACUGUGACUGUAGAAUCAUUUGUAUAUGAAUGUAGUAUGGGUUUGUUCAACAGUACAGGGGAAGUAUUGUCUAAGCAGAUGUGUGUUUGAUGUGUCUGUUUUAAGGGCUAGUAUCUGCUCAGAGGCUGGAGGAACCAAGUCUGAUAAUGCUUUUUGUUUAGGACUGAGCAUCUUACCUCUAUCUUCCAUUAGGCUUGUUUAAAUUGCUAAAUGCAUACACAUUUUUCAGUGUAUUUGGUUAGCUGUUUAAAAUGCUAACUUUUUAUUUGGAUAUUUGAAUAUGACUAGUUAUUUUGGUGGUCAAAAUGAAUGGAGAGCAUCUAAUCUAUCUGCAGAGAUGAUUGUCACAUGAUUUAAUAAUUGAGAUAAUUGUCACAUGAUCAAUAUAGAUUACAAUUUACGAUUUAGAAGAUCAAUAUUAGACUAGGUCAUAUUGGGAGUUUACACCCAGGAUUGAGUUACUAUACUAGAGAUUCUUCUGGAAACAGUGUGCUGGACAACAUAGUUUUUAAUUUAUUUUCCCCCUGUCUGUUUGAGUCAUUUCAUGACUGGUUUUUGUUUGCUACCACCUUACUGUGUGAUAAAUGGAAGAGUGAGAGAAUGCACACAACUUGGCUUCCUCUUCAAAUAAACUGUACAUAUGUUUCCAUAACAUUUGAAAAAGAAAUAUUUGUUUGUUAAUUUAAUUGUUUAGAUAAAAAAAAAUAAUUUAGAUAUAUGAAUGACCUUUUUAUAUGGAUUAUUUGCUUCUAUUCCUGAGCAUGGCUACAUUAUAUAUGUCUACAUUUUAUAUUUAUAGAUCCUGUUGAAUGUGUCCUAUUUUCAUCUAGGCAUAACCUUGAUAUGUAAGAUGUUAGUACUACUACUGAAUCAGUGUAAGCAAAUAUUGUUGGCUGGAGUAAAAGUGAUAACCUGGCACAUCAUGGACAAAAGCAGACCAGGCUUUAUAUAACAAUGAUGCUAUAGUACUUUUAGUUUUCAAUUAAGCUGAUUCUCAUUGUAGCUUACAUGGAUAUUUCUCUUGCAGUUUGAAAGACAAAUACAAACUUCCAAAUCGCAUCCUACAAAUUAUGCGAGCACACAAAUGUUAUAUUUUCAGAAGAAAAGAUGGUCAUCCUGAACCUAUAAACUUCUCUUCCUUGCCAGAGAUUCAAUUAUACUUCUACUAGCAAAUAACCAGAUAUGUUAAUAAU